GUCUGUAAAUUCAUCUCACACCCAACAAAACCCUAGCUAGGGAUUAAAUAGUAUAUAUAUUAAAUAUUUCAUUUCUUUCUCAGCGUCAAUCAUGUACUAAAACACUUCUACUUUAACUUUCACUUGUUUCAUCAUCUAGGGUUCUUAUCCUUUUAUCUUCAACUUAUGUGACGAGGAAUUCACUCGAUCUAGUCUAAACCCAGCGGAUUCGACUUACUAGUUUUCCACUGUAACUUAUCUUUCAAUAACAUACCAAGAUGAGAAAUAACUCGUUGGGAAUAAAACAAGAAGGCGAUAAUCAUUACCAAGCCACUUCUUUGUCUUCGUUGAGGCAAAAUCCAAGGAUCGUGCGAGCCUCGAGAAUAUUCGGAGGCAAAGAUAGACAUAGCAAAGUGUGCACAGUUCGUGGUCUUCGAGACAGGAGGAUAAGAUUGUCGGCUACGACAGCUAUCCAGCUCUACGACCUUCAAGAUCGGUUAGGGCUAAGUCAGCCUAGCAAAGUCAUUGACUGGCUCUUAGAAGCUGCUCAAAACGACGUCGCUAUGCUUCCUCCUUUGCAAUUCCCACCUGGUUUUCACCUUAAUCUCCCCACCGCCGCCGUGGGAGAAUCUUUCCCCGGGAUCGUUGAAAGUUUCGACAUUGGAAGCUGCUCAUCAAGAACUGAUCAAACAACCCAGAGAGAAACUUUGGAUCUUGAGAGAAGCAGUCUUAGUCAUGGGUUUGAUAUUGAUCAUCAUUUUUACUCGAACCCAAGCCAAAGCAACAGGGUUUAUUACAAUAGCAGCAGCAGCUCUUGUCAUUACAAUCUCGUACAACUACAACAGUCGCUCCUGGACCAAUCUGGCAACGUUACUGUCGCAUUAUCCAAUAAUAAUAAUUAUCUCAAUCCACCAACGGUGGAAACCAUGAGCUCUCUAUUUCCGAGAUACCCUUUGUUUCUAGAGGGUGGUGAUCAACUUCAACUGUUUAGCUCAAACUCGAACUCCUCGAAGCAAACAGAUCAUGUCGAGUAGUUCUAGCUGCUUGGUUUUUGGACUAUUUCGUAAGUUGAUGCAUCGGAUCAUGUGGCAGAUGGAUGGCGUAUAGAGAGAGAUCAUUUACAUGGUGUUAUUAUUGGAUUGAGUGUAUUUAUAAUAAUAGUAUAGUAUAGAGGUAGUCUUAUUAAGCAUAUUAUCCACGUCAACUUCAAUUUGAGCAAAGAUAUAAGUCGUUUCUUGUUUUUGGAAAUUAUGUAAGUUCUGUGUGGUUUUCUUAAGAAUUAUAAUGGUGAUGUUACUGUUA